GGCAAGAUGAAUUCAGCACAAACAGAGUCCUGGGCAACUAGAUGGCUGUCUUCUUAUUUUAAGGAUAGGAAACAGCAUACUGUUUUGGCUGGAAAGCGCUCCACUUCCCAGCUAACUGAAAGUGGUGUGCCUCAAGGUGCAGUACUUUCUCCAUUUCUUUUCUCUUUCUUUCUGCAUGACCUUCCGAACUCACCCAAAGUUAACUUCAUUAAGUAUGCUGAUGACCUGACCGUUUCUGUCCCUGUAGUUGCCACAUCGGAUUGUUCCUAUAUGAAUGGCUUCCUAGCUGAAGUUAAGGAUUGGUCUGGCUCAAAUGGUCUUAAACUAAAUCCAACUAAAUGUAACACUGUUGAUUUCAGCUUGAGAAGUGAAAAAGACAUGCAUGGAUUGAUUCAAUCUCAUGAUUGUUGUAAUAUUGAUGGUACCAUGAUAGAGAGUAAGUCAAGUGUUUCUUAUCUUGGCAUUAGUUUCUCGUCAAAUCUUUGCUGGUCGUCUCAUAUUCUUAUAGUUUCUAAGAAAGUUUUCCGUCUGACUUAUUACAUAAAGAAGUUGAGACACUCAGGUAUAACUCAAUCUCUUAUCAUACAAUUUAUUAAUUCAUGUGUUUUGCCCAUCAUUCUUUAUUGUUCUCCAUUAUUCUUCCCUGGGCUACUCAAGAAAGAUCAUAUAAUACUACGAAGAACAUUGAGGGCUGUAAGUAGGGUCAGUGCUAUCCCUUUGACUGAACUAAAUGACACUGUUGUCAAUAGGCAUAUGAAUUCUUGUAAACACUUAGCUAAAGUUAUCUUAUCUGAUAGUGAACAUCCUCUUUAUUCACAAUUGUUUCCUUGUAUCUCUUCGGGUAAGACCAGAAGAAAUUUUAUAAACAUUUAUGCUCGUACUACAAAAUAUAAAAAUUCGACCGUUCCAUAUUUGGCACGAGUAUUGUGUGAAGAGACAAAUAUCAGAAAAGAACUUUUACAACUUUUGAAUCAAUAACUAAACUAUAAAAUGAAAUGAUGCAUAUUAAUGCAUGUGUUAUUUGUUAUAUUAUUUAUUUAUUAUUCACUAUGACCUAGAAAUGGUAUGAUUUUGUUGGGUUUUUUAUUUUUAUUUAUUUUUUUAUUAUUUUUUCCUAUUAAC